AUGGAUAUCUGCCCAAUAAGGUUAAGAUAUGAGUUGGACUACUGGCGUAUCCCUGUGCACUACCUCUCACCAUGCUGUAUGCUGGAAGAGAACAAUAACAACGCCAAGAAGAAAACCGAAAUAAGUAAUAUCGACUGUUCUUGUCCUCCUUCAUCGUUUGAGAAGGUAUGGAUGGGACCAAUGCGGCUGAAUUUGUACCGAAUGCUCGAAAAUCCACGAUCCUCAUUCGCUGCAAAAGUGUUCUCCAUUGUCUCAGCCUGUUUCGUACUGCUGUCAUUAUUAGGUUUGAUUCUUAGCUCUAUGCCAGAACUACAGGAUGAGAAUAAGGAACCUCAUCAGGUGCUUCACUGGUUGGAAUUGUGUUGCAUGGCCUACUUCACAGUCGAGUAUCUUGCACGGUUUAUUGUCAACCCAAGAAAGUCGGAAUUCGUGCGUUCACCUCUAAAUGUCAUUGAUGUUCUGACGAUUUUGCCGUUCAUCAUCGAGGCAUUCAAUGAGUUACAAUGGAUGAAGAAUUUUCGAGGAGCCAUGCUGGUUGUUCGUGUGAUGCGGCUCGCACGAGUGGCAAGAAUAUUCAAACUGGCCCGAUAUAGCACAGGUCUACGAGCGUUCGGCGAAACGAUGAAGAAGAGUGCUGCCGAAUUGAGCAUGCUCGGCAUGUUCCUCGUCACGGGAGGAAAGGUGGUCGCUGCGAUGGCAUCGGUAUGUGGCAUCAUCGUGUUGGCGUUCCCGAUUUCUAUGAUUAUCGACAAAUUCGCUGAAUCGACUGGCUGUUGGAACGACGACGACCAUGAUCAACAACAAAAAAAGUCGAAAGCAAAACGCGCGUUUUUC